CCGGGUGGACGGAUAUUAGAGUAUGAUUUUGGUGACGUUCCUAACAUUUAGAGGUGGAGAAUUUCCCGUUUGUAUUAAAAGCGAUGAGUACACAAGAUUAAGUGGUGACACCCUCCUACAGAUGUCUCAUAUGAACCUGUGAUCUAAAGGUAAAGCUCUUACUGCUUCGUGCUGCACACAAAAAGAGUUUGAGAAACGUUUUGAAAAGUUCAUUGUGAAUCUGUAACUCUCUUAUAGAACUUUCUGAAACACCAUGAAGUGGCUUUUAAGUCCUGGCAUCACUGUGAUGGUUUACCUGCUGAUGCCACAGUGCCAAGCCUUCAUCGUCAUAGAAUCGAUGGUGAAUAAAGCCCUGACCCUCCCGUGUAACUGCUCAGGAAAUUGUCCAGCGGUUCUGUGGAGCCGAUUCAUUCCUGACAACUCUGUCAUUGUUCAGAGCUGGAAGUGUUCAAAACAAGAGCAUUUUAACAAAAGAUUUACACUACCAGGAGAUACAAGCAGAGGAAAUUUCUCCCUGAUGAUCAGUUCAGUAGCCUACAAUGAUGCAGGCUCUUACAUGUGCAGCUGUAAUGAAAUAUCAGUGACUGAAGUAAAGCUGAAAGUUAUCAUUCCGACAGUUGUAAAGGCUUUCGAGGGGAAGAACGUCACUCUCCCGUGUUACGGAGACACUCGACAAGUUGUUAAAGAUGUAAAGUGGAAGAAAGAUGGACACGAGGUUCUGCUGUACACUCCUGCAAACAGACCGAUGACUAAACAAAACAGAUUCACGAUGUCAGUAGAAGGCUUUCUAGACGGUGAUCUCUCUCUUCACAUCAGUCCAGUUCACCUGUCUGAUACAGGAUUAUAUCAGUGUCUCAUCCACGAUGAAUCUCAGGACGGAGAACCACGAGCUGUGUUACUGAAGGUAGAAGGGCAACAACAAUUCACAACCACCAACAGCGCUCCAGUUUCAGGAUGGUUUGUACUGCUAGGAUUGUUCAUCUCUGUAUGGAUCAAUAUUUACAUUACAUGAGAUUACCUGAUCAUCUAUUAUUACAUGAGAAAAUGCUGAGACCAGAUUUAAUCUAAAACUGCAGGAUCUUUAGCUUUCCUGUACAUCACUGUUCUGUUGUCCUGUGUGUUUCUUUUAUCCUGUGUGUUUAUUGUCCUGUUCUCAUCUCACACUGUUGUGUAUUUGCACUUUAUGCUGCACUCAACACACUGUUACAUGUUACACCAUGAUACUGGAGUCAUUUUUGUUCUAUCAUGUACAAGCUAUAUAGCUGUGAUGUGUGAAGGGACUCGUGGCUGGUGAGGCACUGAUUCUUGCACAUUGACUAAUGAUUAUUUAAUGUCUCCUGUUUUAACUUGAACAGUCAUAUUAAAUGAAGAGGAAACACAACAGUAUUUAAACAUCUACACAAUGACUUAAUUAACAUUUACUUUAGUUUACUUGUAUUCAACUUCUACUGAAAGGUUUUGAAAUGCUGGAGCCACCACAAGUGUUUUAUUUCCUUUGUUUUAAACCAUAUUUAAACAUGCAGGUACUGUAUAAAGAUAUGCUUUUAUGAUGAUUAUUAGAGGUACAAAAGUGACAAGAAGUUCUGUACUAAGUCUAAGCCAAAAACUGCUGAUCAAAUUAUUGAAACGUAGAGAACAUUUAUAUUUGUGUUACAGUAUAUGAUCAUAUUUGCCUGUUGUGUUAUAAGGGUUCAAAUAAUUCUGUUAUUACAUCUAUAACACAGAUGCUGUUUACUCUCAUGGUGAUGUUUAUGAUAUAGACUGUGUGAUUGUCUUUAAUGAUUGUUUAUAAGAAUUUGUUUAAAAGUCAUUUUAUUUAAAUAAUUUGAAUGUGUAUUUUAAUGAUAAUGAAAAUGAAAAGCUUUUUUUUUUCAUUUUGCCUUGACUCUUGAAAAUUAUUACUAAAGAAUUAAUGUUUUAAAACUUUUUUUUGUGUGUGUAUAUUUUUUAGUUUUAAUGUUUUAAUGUAAGGUGGAUGAAGGAAAAUGAUCCCUAAAUGAAAUAUGGAGUAUAAAAUAUUAUUGAUUGUAUUAUGUUCAUUGUUGUGUUUGUUUAGUGCUGCCAGACUCCAGCAGUCACACAAAACAAAGAGGAAACACAAUUUAAAGGCAUUUAAAAUGUCUACACAACUCCUUAAUUAACAUUUACUUUAUUAUACUUUAUAAAACUUCUGUAAAAGGAUUUGAAAUGCUGGAGCCACCUGAAGAGGCUCAGAAAAGGUCUUUCAGAGGUCCUAAGAGACAAUUCUUUAACCAUUUCUUUUUCUCAUUAGUUGUAAGAAAUACAUUUUAUAGAGCAAAACACAUUGUGAAGUGUUUUAUUAACUUUGCUUCAAACUAUAUUUUAAAAUGUAUUUACUGUAUAAUGAAACACUUUUGUGAUGCAUAUUAAAGGUACAAAAGAUAAAAGGUUCCAAAAAUUGAUGGACAAAUUAUGAAAUUAAGAACGUGUUGAAAUUUAGAGAAGAGUUUUCUGAGAAAAUGUGUAUUUGUACAUUCUCUCACACACACACACACACACACACACACAC